UGGAAGCCUAUCUUUCUGGGUACAGUUGACCCCAACAGCAGUAUGGCUGGUCUAAAGAGAGCAGUGGAUUCACAGAAGUGCAUCCGUGCUGGUGGUAAGCACAAUGAUCUAGACGAUGUGGGCAAAGACAACUACCAUCACACAUUCUUCGAGAUGCUGGGCAACUGGUCCUUCGGCGACUAUUUCAAG